AUUCAAUUUGCUUGGCAAGAAACUAUCUUGAAACUUAGGAUUUUAAAUCAUCCUGGACAACUAAUUCUUAGGCUUAAAAUUCAUACAUUUGUAAUUUUGAAGCCAAUUAUUCAUGGUUUAAUGAAAGCUGUUGGAAUGACAUCCCAGUUAGUGGAAAUAGAACUAGGAACUACAAUGCACUUUUGGGUUCCAACUGAAUCCAUUCAUCCAAACAACAAAUUAUCAAAUAAACCUCCAGUUUUAUUUGUUCAUGGAUUUGUUGCCAAUGGAAUUAUGACAUGGCUUUUUCAAAUACUCUCCUUAAGUUCAGAUUUCGCUGUCUACGUCCCUGAUUUACUUUUCUUCGGAGAUUCCGUCACUACUCGUCCUGAACGAUCAACAAGUAUUCAGGCGGAAUGUUUAGCAAAGGGAAUGAUGAAGUUGGGUGUGGAAAAGUUUUCUGUUGUUGGGCUAAGUUAUGGAGGAAUGGUUGGGUUCAAGUUGGCUCAAAUGUAUCCUCACAUGGUUGAAUAAUGUUCAUCUUUACAUUGUGGGCUUUUAUAAUAGCUUAAACUUUGACAGAGGAGGAGAUGUUUCACUGGUAAAAUCUUGAUUUCAUCUAAUGUUGACAGAUUCAUUCUUGGAUCAUACUAUUACCAAAGGAGCCUCAAAGUCUUGAUCAACAUUAUAUGGCUUACGUGAUGUAUUAUCAGUUGACUGAUGCACCUUCUAUCACC